CAAGUUGUGAGCCUAUUGACUUUUGUGGUUUAAAUAUAAAUAUGGCAAUAAUUCAAAGAAACAAAAGUAAAGUGAAUAAAAUUUAAUACUGCGUUUAUAAUUAAUGUUUGAAAAACCCUUAUGAUGAACUACAGUACAAUUAAUUUUCUAUGACAUUUUUAAAGAAAAAUUUUAUAUUACAUAACCUAUUUCUAAAUAGGUUAUACGUAUUAUUUACAUCAUUUAUUUAGUGUUAUGUUAAACUUCAAUCAUGAAUAGUAUAACUAUGUUAAGUUCGCUGAAGCAAAUUAAACUUUGUAAAACAAAUUAUAUAUUGACAAGGAAGUGGUUCAUUAAGAAAUUUGCACGAUACAACAAGUUAGAUGUUCAUAAUUUUCAACAGCAUCAAACAGUGCAUACGACUGUCACUCAAUUAGAAAUUUCUAAAGAAAUCGAAAAGAAAACUACUGAUUUGAAACACUUUCGAGAUUUGUCAAAAUCUGGACCAUCGCUUAAAGAUUUUUUAAUACCAAAAACUGAAAUUCCUAAUGAACCAAUUAGUGUACCAAAUAUUCCUUAUAUACAAAAUAUUGAUGGCUCUGGUCAAAAGGUCUACUUUGAGGUUUAUGGUUGCCAGAUGAAUGUAAAUGACACGGAGGUGAUCUGGUCUAUUUUAAAAUCUCAUGGUUACAGAAAAGUAGAUAAUAUAAAAGAAGCUAAUAUAAUUCUGAUCAUCACGUGUUCUAUUAGAGAUAAUGCAGAGCAGAAAGUAUGGAACAAGUUAACUGAUUUAAACAAUAUUAAGAAAAAAAACAAAAAAUUUCCAGUAAAAAUUGGUCUAUUAGGAUGCAUGGCAGAACGAUUAAAGAAUAAAAUAUUAGAGAGAGGUAAACUUGUUGAUGUCAUAGCUGGACCAGACAGUUAUAAGGAUUUGCCAAGGCUAUUGUCUGUACCAGAUGAUGAAACAGCUAUUAAUGUUGUUUUAUCAUUUGAUGAAACAUAUGCAGAUAUUACACCAGUGAGAUUAAAUCCGAAUUCUACUAAUGCAUAUGUCACCAUAAUGCGUGGUUGCGAUAACAUGUGUACAUAUUGUAUUGUUCCAUUCACAAGAGGAAGGGAAAGAUCAAGACCCAUUGAGAGUAUAAUCAAAGAAGUUCAAUCUUUAUCUGAUGAUGGUGUAAAGGAAGUGAUGCUUCUUGGGCAAAAUGUAAAUAGUUAUAGAGAUACAUCUCAAUCGGAAUUUUAUGUGAAUAGUAAUAUGGAAACACAUUUAGCAAAAGGUUUUAAAACAGUAUAUAAAAAUAAAAAAGGGGGACGUCGAUUUGCUGAUUUAUUGGAUGAAGUUUCUCGUAUUAAUCCAGAAAUGAGAAUCAGAUUCACAUCUCCUCAUCCGAAAGAUUUCCCAGAUGAAGUUUUACAAUUGAUAGCGGAAAGGCCAAAUAUAUGUAAAGAAAUACAUUUACCUGCGCAGAGCGGAAAUUCUGCGGUUUUGGAAAGAAUGAGAAGAGGAUAUACGCGAGAAGCAUAUAUAAAUUUAGUGCAUCACAUACGCGAAAUUAUUCCGAAUAUUUAUUUCUCUAGUGAUUUUAUUACUGGAUUUUGUGGAGAAACGGAGGAGGAAUUUCAAGAUACGUUAUCAUUGAUAGAAUUAGUGAAAUAUAAUAAAGCCUUUCUUUUUUCUUACAGCAUGCGGGAGAAAACGACUGCACACCGUCGCUACAAAGAUGAUGUACCACCGAAUGUGAAGAAAGAUCGACUUCAAAGAAUGAUGUCAACAUAUAAAACGGAAGUGGAAAAAGUAAAUAAAUCACAGAUUGGACAAUUACAGCUUGUACUUGUAGAGAAACCAAGUAAGCGAUCAGACGAAAAAUUUCAAACAAGGAACGAUGGUAACACAAGAGUGUUAAUUCCCUCCAUGACUAUACCUACUGCAAAAUAUUCCGAUGACUCGAGAGCGAUAAAAAUUGGCGAUUACGUUGUUGUAAAAAUCGAAGACGCUAAUUCGAAUUCGUUAAUGGCCACACCUCUCUAUCAUUCGUCGAUAACAGAAUACGCAUCUUCAUCUGUGUAGUAAAAAUGUAGAAUAUGACAUUUCAUUUGUUUCAUUUAAUCACGCUUAUUAUUGAAUAAUACAUUAAAUUUCGGAACGAAUCAUGUAAUUUUAAUUAUAAUCGUACAAAAUUAAAUCAACGUAUUCACUGAUAUAAUAGUAUCGUGAUAUAACAGUAUUGUGAAUAAAGAAAAAAAAAUUUAUAUAAUAAAUAGAUAAUUAAUUCAA